AAGAAAACCAUAAUCUGAAUCGGGAGCGCAGAGCGAAUUACUAUCGCCUGUUCUGUGUCAACUGAACUCAAGUCUGAGGGUGAAAUGCUUGUGAAGUCCCAACUUUUAGACACCAAUCUUUUGGGUUUCACCAACGCUCCACUCGAAAGCUCGGUAUCCAUUCCCAACAAAACCAAUCACGCACUGUCUCAUUCUCCCAUCGAAUAUCGACCAAAGAAACCGAAUUUGGAGAAAAAUGCCAAUUCCAGGCCUCUAAAAAAGACAGCCAAUAACAAUGUGCACUCCAAGUGUUUGACGAAAUGGGUCUCUCACGGUGGACGCACUCCCGCAGUUCUACACGCUCUCAACACCAUUCACGAUUUGGAUAGCGCCCUCAGACAAUGGGAGGAGACUCUCUCCAGCAAGGAAAUCAGCGUCAUUCUCAAGGCCCAGGUCUCUUGGCAGAGGGCUCUGCAAAUAUUCGAGUGGUUCAAGAACAAGGGUUGUUAUGACCUGAACGUGAUUCACUACAACAUAAUGUUUUGGACCCUUGGCAGAGCGCGGAAAUGGGGUCUCAUCGAGAGCUUGUGGAGUGAAAUGAAUGCAAAAGGGGUUGCACCAGUGAAUUCCACGUAUGGGACCUUGAUUGAUGCUUAUGGCAAAGGUGGACUCAGAGAAGAAGCACUUGCUUGGCUUCAAAGGAUGCAGAGUCAAGUGAUGGAGCCUGAUGAGGUCACCAUGGGGAUUGUUGUUCAGUUGCACAAGAGGGCCGGGGAGUUUCGAAAAGCCGAAGAAUUUUUCAGGAGAUGGUUAAGAGUGGCACCUUUCAGAUUAGGGAUUGAUCAUGGUUAUGCAGUGGAUGAUAAAUUAUUACACUUACAUACCAGUGUUCGUUUAAGCUCUCGUACAUAUACUACCUUGAUUGACACGUAUGGGAAGGGUGGUCAAUUUCGUGCAGCAUGCGAAACUUUUGCUAGGAUGAUCAGACAAGGGGUAGCCCUGACUACAGUGACACUCAAUACAAUGAUUCACUUGUAUGGAAACUGUGGACGACUACAGGGAGCUUGUUUGCUGUUCCAGAAAAUGGGAGAGCUUCGGUGCCAACCCGACUCGCGGACAUAUAACAUCCUCAUUUCACUUUAUAUUAAGAAUAAUGAUGUCAACUUGGCAGGUAAAUAUCUUGCAAAGAUGAAAGAGGCCUGCCUUGAGCCGGAUGUUGUGAGUUACCGUUCCCUCUUGUAUGCGUACUCAAUGAGGAAAAUGGUCCAAGAAGCGGAAGAGCUCAUAUGGGAGAUGGAUGAAGGGGGUCUUGAGAUUGAUGAAUUCACCCAAUCUGCUUUGACUAGAAUGUAUGUAGAAUCUGGUAUGCUUGAGCAGUCAUGGUUGUGGUUCAGGAAGUUUCACCUGGCUGGGAAUAUCAGUUCUGAUUGUUACUCUGCUAAUAUUGAUGCAUAUGGUGAGCGAGGGUACACUUUGGAAGCAGAGAAAGUAUUUAUUUGCUGUAAAGAGAAGAAGAAACUCACUGUCCUUGAGUUUAAUGUGAUGAUUAAAGCUUAUGGGAUAGGAAAAUGCUAUGAUAAAGCAUGUCAAUUGUUUGAUUGUAUGGAGAAAUUUGGUGUUGUUGCAGACAAAUGUAGCUAUAGUUCUCUCAUACAUAUUUUGGCCACUGCUGACAAGCCGCACAUUGCAAGAUCUUAUCUUAAAAAAAUGCAGGAGGCAGGACUUGUGAGUGACUGCGUCCCUUAUUGUGCUGUGAUAUCAAGCUUUGCAAAGUUAGGCCAACUGGAAAUGGCAGAAGAAUUAUACAAGGAGAUGCUUGGAUAUGCCGUGCAGCCAGAUGUCAUUAUUUAUGGCGUUUUUAUCAAUGCUUUUGCUGAUGCUGGAAGUGUUAAAGAAGCCAUCAGUUAUAUUGAUGAAAUGAGAAAGGCAGGCUUGCCAGGGAAUCCAGCAAUAUAUAACUCUUUGAUAAAGUUGUAUUCUAAAGUAGGCUACCUGAAAGAAGCACAAGAAACAUACAAGUUGCUUCAAUCAUUAGAUGAAGGUCCUUCUUUAUUUUCCUCUAAUUGUAUGAUUGAUCUUUAUACUGAGCGACUUAUGGAAGAACAAGCAAAAGAGAUAUUCGAGAGCUUGAAGAAGAAUGACAUUGCAAACGAGUUUUCAUAUGCAAUGAUGCUAUGUAUGUAUAAGAAAAUUGGAAGAUUGGAUGAAGCCAUUCAAAUUGCAGCACAGAUGAGAAGACUAGGACUCUUGAAUGAUAUAUUGAGCUAUAAUAAUGUUCUUGGCUUGUAUUCUAUGGAUAGGAGGCUAAGGGAAGCUACAGAGACUUUCAAGGAAAUGAUAAAAUCUGGCAUUCAACCAGAUGAUUUUACAUUCAGAGCUCUUGCACACAUUUUGCUGAAUUGUGGAGCUUCAAAUCAGGCUGUUGGCAGGCUAGAAGUAAUGGUGAAAAGGGAUGCUCCGGGAGGUUUGCAAGCAUGGAUGCUGGCACUCUCAUCUGUUUAUGAAGGAGGUCACUAUACAAAUAAAUAGAUGCCGUUAAUUAUGGGUGGAGCCUACAUCAGAUGGAAAGGCAUGAUUGGAGCUUACCUGGUCUGCUUUUCCUGUGCAGCUGGUUGUUUGUCUUUUUACUGCUACAUGGCCGAGGCUAUAGUUUGAGCAUUCCAAUCACGGUAUCUAGAAUUGCUACUGGACUCUAGGAUGGAACUACUUUUGACUCUUUCUAUGAGUAUUCUUGAAGAUAAAUUGUGUACAAUUUUGAAAAGUUCUUUCUCUGGAGACAUCGGUCCUGCAUGCUUCCUUCUCUGGUGUCCGGAGUGGAUAUGGUUUGAGAAUAGAGGACCUUAAUCUUGCACACCUCAUUGUUCAGCCCAUUUUAGGACUCAAAAGGCCAUGUACUCCACGGAGUCCCUGAAUCUUACAGUUGUUAAUCAUACACAUUUGACCAAGUCUAAGCUUUACGUUUUCGUUCCAAUAAAAAGAUGGAGAAAAAAUUAUUUGUUGCCAGCAGGUCUAAUGGAAAGCUAUGUUUGCAUCCGCAUUUGAUUUUUGCCAAUUAUAAAAUUUUCUUUGAGUAAUUUGUAAAGUCCAAGUUUACAAAUGCAAUAAAGUUACAGAGCAUAAUUGCAUUAACCCUCUCAUACUGUUUUCAAAGUUACAGAGCUCCCUCAUUUAAAUAUUAUAAUGCAAUAAAGUUCCUUCUGAUAUAUUUCUUUCUCGAACAAGAUGUUGUAAUGUAUUUUAUUCUG